CCUCCAGUAGAAGCAAUGCAUCUAUGCACUCCUUUUUUACUCCCACAAAGUGAAAGCGACACACACACACACUCACCUCUAUAAACUCCUUUACCAGUCACACCAUCUGCAAACACUUUGCAGAAGCAACAAUGGCGAAACCUUCUUAUCCUCUCUUCAUUCUACUCUGCAUGUUCUUACGUUUCUUCAUCACUUCAUAUGGAGUUCAGUUGAUUCUAGUCAACAACUGCAGGCAAAGCAUAUGGCCAGGUUUACAAGGCGGCGCAGGCCACCAGAGUCCCAAAGACGGUGGAUUCCGAUUGGGUGGUGCGGAGGAAGUAGUGGUUGAUGUGCCGGAUAAAUGGUCAGGGAGAAUAUGGGCAAGGCAAGGUUGUGAUUUUGACGGUAACGGUAAAGGUAGAUGUGCCACCGGUGAUUGUUCCGGGCAGUUACACUGCCAGGGUACAGGCGGUGAGCCACCAGCUACGGUGGUGGAAAUGACAUUAGGGUCUUCAAGCUCCCCCUUACACUUUUAUGAUGUGAGCUUGGUGGAUGGAUUUAACAUUCCGGUUGCAAUGGCGCCUGUUGGUGGUGGCGUAGGGUGUGGCAGGGCGUCAUGUGAGGUUGAUUUGAACGUGUGUUGUCCAUCGGCGCUGGAAGUGAAGGCGGGAGGGCAAGUGGUGGGGUGUAAGAGUGCGUGUUUGGCAAUGGCGUCUCCUAAGUAUUGUUGUACAGGGGAGUAUGCGAAUCCAAAGACAUGUAAACCUACGCUUUUUGCUAAUUUGUUUAAAGCGAUAUGCCCUAAAGCGUAUAGUUAUGCUUUUGAUGACUCUUCGAGUCUUAAUAAGUGUCGGGCUUCACGAUAUGUGAUCACAUUUUGCCCACCGAAGUGACUUACUGAUUUGUCUCGACUGUCGAAUUGGGUGAGUCGUUUAGUUGCGGUCUUUUUUCCUUAGAGUUAAUGAUUCAUGUGGGUAUGUACGUCGUUUAAUAGAACAUGUACAUUGUCGUAUUUCAAUAUGCAUUUAAAUGAAGUAAUGAGAUUAUAUGUUUAUUUAUAAUGG